AUGUGUGGUGACAUUAUGAGGACUGGAAGCAGAGUUGAUAGGGAUGUCAUCAUUAGGCCUCAAGAAGGUGAUUGUGGAAUUGUAAAUGUCAAUAUUCCAAUAAAUGGAGCUGAGAUUAGUGGGGCUUUUGGGGGAGAAAAAGCUACAGGAGGUGGCCAAGAAGCUGGAAUACAAUCACUUAUGGGAAUAAAUUGCCUUUGGCACAAGGAAUUAACUGUGGGUAGUGAAUUCACUUUUUGCUCAGAGAAUAAUCGACUGUGUCAGAAUCAACAAGCUGUUCAAAAAUCUUGUACAAUCAGUUAUCCUGCUGUACAACUAUGCCAGAAUCUGGGAAUAGCUUCUUGUCUGGGGUUUGUAACUCGUCCUGGAAAUAUUUCGAAUUCAGUUAUCUGCAGAACAUAA